UUCAAAUUCUCCAGGAAAAACUAUUGUUUGUGUAAUCAGAUCGUGUCCAAAGUGCACUAAGUCAAAGUCCCUAUGUAUUGUCUUUGGCUAAGUGCAGCCGUGUGUCUGCGCAGCCCGAGCGCCUAGUUGAUCCCCUUCAUGUAUGUUUUUUUGCAAAGCGGAAACAACAGGACCCAGACAAACCGAGAAGCUUUCGAUUAUCUCGAUUAAUAACAGAAAGAAAGAAACAUCUGAGCUUGUCGUCGCCUCGGAGCUUCACAAAACAAACCGGGUAACUGAAUUACACAAUGUACACAAUGGACUCGUUCUCGGGGUGUACAGAUUUAUACAACAAGCCAGCACGACGCUGUUUCGAUUUUCAAACGUAAACAUCCGCCGAGCAGCAUCGUCCAUGUGUUAGCAGCAACUUCAUGAUGCUAACCGUGUUUAUGAAGACUGUACCUGUCCAAAACAGAUGAUAUGGGAUUUCUAACUAAUCCUCGGUUAUAGUACGACCGGAAUGUCUUUGUUUUGAAUCUUCCAAGACGGCAGGUUAUGAUACGAAAGAGUUAGCACGCGAGCUAACUCGGCUAACGUUAUCAAAGCUGCGUGAUUGUGUAGCCACUAAACUGAACUGUCGUUUGACACCACGAACAACACGACAGAUGAUAUACAGUUCAUCUCAGCGAACUGAAGUGGCAUUUUACGAGCGGACAUGCUUAUUAUGGGUGUGCUGAACAUUGUGUUUAGUACAGUGGGAAAAUGUGUAGAUGUCAUUUGCCUCCUUCUGGAUCUAAACUUCGUGAUCGUCAGCUCAUUGAUUCAGCUGUUGGUUUCAGUGCUCUCCUUCAUCAAUAGUCUGCCCAUGCUCCUCACAAACUCGGUGUUUGAGUGCUGGAACCUCACUCUGCUGUGCAUCAUCACCAUGAGGGACGGAGUGACCGUCGUGACCCAUAACAUGGUCGGAGGCUGGACUCAGCUGCUUGGAGGUGUGUUGGAGAGCUUCAAGAUCAUCGGAUACCUGUCUUCACAUCUACUGCUACGCACCAAAGAGCUCCUUCACCGUGGCCUGCUGUCCGGACACGGUUUGCUUCGACAGGCUUGGGAAGGCUUUGGGAUUUUAUUCAGCCUGCUGCUGUAUUUUAUCAACACCAUAGUCAACCUGCUCCUCAUAGGCACUCAGAACUUAUACUCGCUGUUGGUGAGCACUGUGGAAGCGGUGUCAUGUCCUCUGCAGAAAGCUCUAGAGCUGGCGUUAACCGUGCUGACCUUUCUUUACAGCAGUCUCGUUGGCACCUCCAUCCUGUUGUGGACACCAUGCAGACUAGCGAUGGAGUUUUUGGGAUCAGCGUGUCACAUUUUUGUGAGCAUAUUUUUGCUCAAUUCCUACGGGCUGCUUCUCACGUUGGUGAUCAUCACCGGUGCGACUGUGUAUCUGAACCCUGCGCUUCCACGACAAGUAUCUCUGCGCAUGAUCACCUAUGUUAACACUGUACCUAUUUUACGCCGACUCCAAAUGGUUCUACAGCGACUCUAUGUGCUGGAGAGGAAUGUUUGGCAGCGAUUAGCAUGGCAUCGCAGCCGGAUUGGCCUCUUAGUAGCUGCAGAAAGAGAUAUUGGUCAAGCUGAGCCCAAUAUUGAGCCACAAGUUGAGCUAAAUGUACCAAACCAGGAGGUGGAAGAUGUUCCCGAAGACGCCCCCCAGCCUGACAUUCCACUUCCCAGUUCCAGCGCUCACAGACCACUCCGAAAGUUUCCAUCUGAGGACAGCUGCAGAGGCCCGCCAACAGACAACCUUCUCAAUCUCCUGCAGGAGCAAGAGGAGAGGAAAAAGUGUGUGAUUUGUCAGGACAGCACUAAAACUGUUGUGCUCUUGCCGUGCCGUCACUUGUGUUUGUGCAGAGAGUGCACCAACAUUCUUCUGCGCCAGCCAAUGUACCAACAGAACUGCCCUCUGUGCCGCCACAUGAUCCUUCAGACCAUGGAUGUGUAUCUCUGAGGCCAAACGUUUACGGAUGUGUUUGUCAUCCUCAGGUGUUUUUGUUUUUUUCCCUCUUCUUCCGAGCAGGACUAUUGCAGAAAUGUGUCCAUUCCACUACUGAUGCUUGUAAAUAGAUUUGAAUCUCAAAGCUUUUAUAAAUUGUGAUGGUGAG